UUGCGAGGCUGCGGCCUGAAAAUAUGUCGAUCCAUUGACGGGCUGACACUGUGUAAGCUUACAUAGUCGAGCAGAACAGUAUGUUGUUUUGUGAAGGAGACAAGACGCAGAUCAUGACUGAAGAAAAAGCCCCAGCUGGAGCAGCAAAAAAAGGUAUAAGAAGGGGAAGAAUCUCCAGGGAGAAUGGUUUGAUGAAAUGCCCAACACAUCCGCUUCUACACUCCCGUCAAUCAAACCAUCUAAAGCAUCCAGACGCAUCUAAAUUCUUCAACAACACACCCCCAAAGACCUCAAAAUGCGCUUCUCCACCAUCACCUCCAUUGCCAUCACCAUGCUCGGCUUUGCCGCAGCUAAGCCCACCGAGUCCCACGGUGUUGCUUCUGGCAAAUAUCUAUUCUCGCGCUCCACCGCAGCCUGCGACUGCGACGGCGUCAGGGGCUGCUGCAUCAACGACUGCAACUUCAACGAGAACUGCUGCAACACCACUUGUAUGGACAGGUUCCCAGACUGCUACAACGCCUGUUAAGCGGCUUUUGUGGACACUUGUGGAAUGCUAUGGGCACCUGAUUCCAAGUAAAACCACCGUCGUCUGGAGCUUUUUCUUUGGCGGAGACGAACCACAACCUUUACUUUCUCGUCAAUCGUUUCGAAUGCAGCCUUUUAGAUUAUCUUAACUUCAAACAUUGUUUCUUGGAUCCUAGGACUGCUGUGUCUAUUCUGGAAAUCGACUCUCAAUAUGAACUGAUCAAUGCUCCG